AUGAGCUAUAAUGAAAUCAAAGACAAAGCGAAAGAUGUAGAGCGAGAGAGGUGGGUGGAGAAAGCAGACAGGACUCCGAAGUUCACUUCAGCUGGACGUAGAUCUGAUCCAAGAGGCAAGGAAACGACUCCAGAGACCAGCCACCAUGAGCUCCGAGGCUGGAGAGAGCGCGGCGACAGCACAGGCGGACAGGAAGCUCUGCCUGCGUCUCUGGGAAGCAUGGCCGUCACUGGAGGACUCCUCUACCAGGGAAUCUGGAACACCUCCAAGAGGUUUGGUCCCUUCCCCAAACUAGCAGUGGCGGGGAUCCUGGGCUAUGCGGUGGGCAAGGCUUCCUACGUCGGAACCUGCAGGGAGAAGUUCCAGAGACUCGGCCCGUUCCCUGGUUCUGAAGACGGCCCAGGGUUCGGCCCAGGGUUCGGCCCAGGGUUCGGAGGUCGUGGUUUUGGCCCCGGCUGGCCAGGACACAGGCGCUGCCCUCAUGUGUGUGAGGAGUGCAAGAAAAAAGAGGCGCCAAGCCCUCCCACAGAAACAGCACAAAGCUAGAGACAUGACAGACUGCUGGAGGACCCCAUAUGAUUCUAAUGUUGUAAUAAACACGUACUGAACCAACACGCCAAUUACAGAUUGCAAAUUUACCAUACUUUCUAUAUGCACCAUUUGUAUGUUUCGAAUAAAAGCUUCAGAAAAAGGAAUAAAAUAUCAAUGUAGAAAUGUUGCUCAUGGUAGCCUGGAAAUGCAUACAUCUGCCACUAGAGGGACUUUCAGGCUACAUCACCCCUUUCUUAUACUUCACUCAGAUCUGCUUUAAAGUAAGUCCUACUCUCUCUGCAUUAAUGCAUCUGUUUUUAAAUAAUUCUUGUUGGCAAAAAAAAAAAAGAACUAUCAGCCUGUAUGAAGAACCUG